CCUUUACUCUCAGCUCGUUUACCCCACGCCCGCCUGCAAUCACCAAUACUUUCUCUCUCCUCCCACCAAACAAACAACUAAUUCUCGCACCCUUUCCCCCAUCCCAAUCAAAUUCAUCAAACCCUAAUUUCCCCUCUUCAACUAUUCCCAAUUCCCUUCAAUUCACCCUUUUUUGCUUCGAUUCACCAACCUCAACCCCUAAAUUGAGUCAAUUUUUAGCAAAAUCAAACGUUCAAGGAAAACAAAAUGGGGAUUUCUAGGGUUUGUUCCGAUUCAACGAACCCAUCGUGUUCGUCAUGUUCGUCGGCAGUUACAACAUCUAUUGCUAAAAUGGAAACCGUUAAUGGUACCCACGAGUUUAAGAUUAAUGGGUAUGCUUUAUCGAAGGGGAUGGGGAGCGGGAAGUAUAUAGCUUCUGAUACGUUUAUGGUGGGAGGGUAUUUGUGGGCAAUUUACUUCUACCCUGAUGGCAAGAGUCCUGAGGAUAAUGCUACUUAUGUGUCUUUGUUUAUUGCUUUGGCGAGCGAGGGUACCGAUGUUCGAGCGUUGUUUGAAUUGAAGCUUGAGGAUCAGAGUGGGAGAGGGAGGCAUAAGGUUCAUUCCCAUUUCGGUAGGACUCUCGAGAGCGGGCCUUAUACUCUUAAGUAUCGCGGUAGCAUGUGGGGCUACAAACGCUUUUAUAAGAGGACAUCUUUGGAGCAAUCUGACUACCUUAAAGAUGAUUGCCUUCUGAUUCGCUGUGUCGUUGGAGUUGUGAAGACACAUACAGAGGGACCCAAACUUUACAGAAUACCAUUGCCACCUUCUGAUAUGGGACAUCAGUUUGGACAGCUUCUAGAAACUAAAAGGGGGACUGAUGUGAAUUUUGAAGUUGAUGGCGAAGUCUUUGCUGCUCACAAGUUGGUAUUAGCAGCACGCUCGCCUGUCUUUAGGGCCCAGCUUUUUGGUCCGAUGAAGGAUAAGAGCACACAAUGUAUAAUGGUUGAAGACAUUGAAGCUCCAGUUUUCAAGGCGUUGCUUCACUUCAUAUAUUGGGAUGACCUGCCAGAUAUGCAAGAGCUUGCAGGUCUUAAUUCCAAAGGGGCUUCAACGUUAAUGGCUCAGCAUUUGCUAGCUGCAGCAGAUAGAUAUGGACUUGAACGGCUCAAACUGCUUUGUGAGGCUACACUCAGCGAAGAUAUUGCCAUAAACAAUGUUGCAACAACUUUGGCAUUGGCAGAGCAACAUCAUUGUUCUCACUUGAAAUCUGUUUGCCUGAAGUUUGUUGCAUCACGUGAGAAUCUUAGAGCUGUCAUGCAAACUGAAGGGUUCGAUUACCUGAAGUUGAGUUGUCCGUCUGUAAUUAGUGAACUACUGGAGUUCGUUGCAAGGAUCAGUGAGCAUUCUGUAUCCGUAGUGGGUUAUGGAAACGAUCCAAUGCUAGAUUGUGGCGACAUGAAUGGAAGACGUGUGAAGCCGAGGAUAUUCUGAUAUAUGAUUUUUUUUUUUUUUUUUAAUCUUUUUUGAGAGGGGGGUUUCCAUUGUUUACUGGUGUAACAUUUUCUGAUCACUCAGAUUAUAUUGUUCUGAUAAUUGUUGUAUGUAGAAUGUAUACCAUUACCAUAUAGGGGGGAAAGGGUUUUGGGGUGUAAGGGGAAUACUUAAUUGUGUGGCUUUCGUGAUGAUAUUCGAUAACAUAUCAGACUGGUAUGCUAUUUACUUUCAAGAGAGCAUGAAAGAUUACGAUACGUUAAGUAAA